AUGCCUCACCUGCUGCAUAUGAAACACGUAGCACAAGCGCGCGCCGUGGGGCAAUCACAAACGCUACAGCCGCUGUUGGUGGUUCCCCUCAGCAGGCGGGGCAGCGUCAGCAAUCGGCCGCCACAGGGACCUCCUCCCCUUCCUACCGCCGCUGCUGCUGGCUACUCGCAUCAGCAGGAGGUGCUGCAUCACUCCUCUGCCGCUGCUGCCGGUGCUUCACAGCCGCAGGGACCUCCUCCCCUUCCUACCGCCGCUGCUGCUGGCUACUCGAGUCAGCAGGAGCUGCUGCAUCACUCCUCCGCCUCUGCUGCCGGUGCUUCACAGGUGCAGGGUCCUCCUCCCCUUCCUACCGCCGCUGCUGCUGGCUACUCGCAUCAGCAGGAGGUGCUGCAUCACUCAUCUGCCGCUGCUGCCGGUGCUUCACAGCCGCAGGGACCUCCUCCCCUUCCUACCGCCGCUGCUGCUGGCUACUCGAGUCAGCAGGAGCUGCUGCAUCACUCCUCUGCCACUGCUGCCGGUGCUUCACAGCUGCAAGGUCCUCCUCCCCUUCCUACCGCCGCUGCUGCUGGCUACUCGAAUCAGCAGGAGGCGCUGCAUCACUCCUCUGCCGCUGCUGGCGGUGCUUCACAGCCGCAGGGACCUCCUCCCCUUCCUACCGCCGCUGCUGCUGGCUACUCGAGUCAGCAGGAGCUGCUGCAUCACUCCUCUGCCGCUGCUGCCGGUGAUUCACGGCUGCAGGGUCCUCCUCCCCUUCCUACCGCCGCUGCUGAUGGCUACUCGCAUCAGCAGGAGCUGCUGCAUCACUCCUCUGCCGCUGCUGCCGGUGCUUCACAGCUGCAGGGUCCUCCUCCCCUUCCUACCUCCGCUGCUGCUGGCUACUCGAAUCUGCAGGAGCUGCUGCAUCACUCCUCUGCCACUGCUGCCGGUGCUUCACAGCCGCAGGGAACUCCUCCCCUUCCUACCGCCGCUGCUGCUGGCUACUCGCAUCAGCAGGAGGUGCUGCAUCACUCCUCUGCCGCUGCUGCCGGUGCUUCACAGCCGCAGGGACAUCCUACCCUUCCUACCGCCCCUGCUGCUGGCUACUCGCAUCAGCAGGAGGACCUGCAUCUGCCUACCGCUGCCUCUGCUUUUGAUACCUGGCUGCAGGGACCUCCUCCCCUUCCUACCACCGCUGCUGCUGGUUUCGCUGCUGAGCAGGGGGGACUGCAUCAGUUUACAGCUGCCGCUGAUCCUGGGUCCGUCUCGCAUGAACCUCCGCCUCUUGCCUCCGCUGCCGCAGCUGGUCAGUACACUCAACAGGGUAGUAACCAGUUCACAACAAAUGCCGCCACCGCAGCAGCUCCAUUCGACAAUAGCCAGCCGCCCAUUAGGCCUAGCAGCCCUCCCUCUGCCCAUCGUAUGGAGGGAAUGGCAACUGAGGAUGGUCCAUCCUCUCCAUUUGCGCUGCCGAACCAUACUGCAGGGGCGCAGCCGCAAGUGAUCCUUGCCAACCGGCGUACUGUGGGAACAGCAGUUGGCGAGGCACACAACAUGGGCAUCGCUCCGGACUACAACACAUUCGCGCCGGAUCUCGAACCGUUCGCGACAAAGGUGGCCACAGCCAUGAAGACGAUUCCACCUGCGAACGGUGGCUUGUAUGUGCGCAUUGGAGGUGGUGCAGGGCUGCCUCUUCACCUCUGUGGGCUAUGCAUUGGCUGGGGCCUCCUCUCGGUGCGCAUUGGAGGUGGUGCAGGGCUGCAUCCUCACUUCUAUGGGCUAUGCAUUGGCUGGGAGCCUCCUCUUAGUAGUGCCUUCUCCCCACACAUAGUUUCCCCCCUGUUUUCCGCCCCCAUCCUUUGA